GCCUCCGGCGCGUGAUAAGCGAGCGCCCCCCGAACCGUGACGGCCGUAGCUGAGAGGACGGGAUCGUAACGGGGGUGGCUACGACUGUGGGGACGCACGGAGCCGAACAGCUGACAGAUCCGGCCGCGCGCCUUGCCCCGCCCCCCCGGCAGCGCCGUUGUUUCAGGUGUCUUGAGGGCAUUUCUUCUGAAAGGGCUUUCAUAGGACUCGCCAUCUCUGGGAAUGGGCAUUGAGGCUAGAUGGGCAGCACGUUUGUAGGCAUGCUCCCAGACCCAACGGACAGACAAAGUUGUGGCAUAUGGGUCUCACCCCAUCAUGAGGAAAGCCGGCUGGAGAUCAGGUCCAUUUCAAGGUGCUAUAUCUCAGAACGGCACUUGUGACAAAGAAGCCAUUGCAGUAGCCACUGCCAAGACUUGAGUGUAGCCAUGACCGAGCCCCACAGGGUCCAGUUUACCUCUCUCCCAGGCCCUCUGAAUCCUACAUUUCUGAAGAAACCCCGAAAAGAAGAGAUUGGGGGAGCAGAGCAGCACCAAGACUCUGAACCCACUGCAGCAGCUGUUCGAAUCACACUUACCCUCUUUGAACCAGAUCAUAAGCGCUGUCCGGAGUUCUUCUACCCAGAACUAGUGAAGAAUACGAGGGGAAAAGUGAAAAGUCUUCAAGUUGGAGACAAGAAAAAAGAUGUCUUGGACCCUUUCAAUGAUGAGGAAAAGGAAAGGCAUAAAGUGGAAGCUCUUGCCCGGAAAUUUGAAGAGAAAUAUGGUGGAAAAAAACGCAGGAAGGACAGAAUACAGGAUUUAAUUGACAUGGGUUAUGGGUACGAUGAAUCCGAUUCCUUCAUCGAUAACUCCGAAGCAUAUGAUGAGCUUGUUCCUGCUUCUCUGACCACAAAGUAUGGAGGAUUUUAUAUUAACUCGGGAACACUGCAAUUCAGACAAGCAUCAGAAUCUGAGGAUGACUUCAUUAAAGAAAAGAAGAAGAAAUCUCCUAAGAAGCGGAAGUUGAAAGAAGGUGGUGAGAAGAUAAAGAAGAAGAAAAAAGAUGACUCUUAUGACAAGGAGAAGAAAUCGAAAAAGUCCAAGUUUCCCAAAGCCGGCUUCACAGCACUGAAUGCCAGUAAGGAGAAGAAGAAAAAGAAAUACUCUGGAGCUCUAAGUGUUAAGGAAAUGUUAAAGAAAUUUCAGAAGGAGAAAGAAGCCCAGAAGAAAAGGGAUGAGGAACAUAAGCCAAUAACAGCGUCACCUGCCGAAACUCAGAGUACACGGGAGGUGGAAAGCAUGCCAGAUCCCUUGCUCUCAUUCUUUGGCUCUGCCUCUGACAAUGACCUGCUUCAGGCAGCUACUGCCAUGGACUCACUGACUGAUCUGGACUUAGAACAGCUCCUCAGCGAGUCUCCAGAGGGAAGUCCAUUUCAUGAUGUGGAUGAUGAAAGUGAUUCUCUUGGGGUGGGAUUGGACCAGGAAUUCAAACAACCCCCUUCCCUGCCAGAAGGCCUGCCAGUGUCCCUGGAGAAACGUAUCAAGGAGCUGGCUCAGGCUGCCAGAGCUGCAGAGGGAGAGAGCAAACAGAGGUUCUUCACCCAGGAUAUUAAUGGCAUCCUGCUGGACAUAGAGGUGCAGUCUCGGGAGCUGAAUAGCCAGAUCCGUUCUGGGGUGUAUGCCUAUCUCGCUUCAUUCCUGCCCUGCAGCAAGGAUACACUGGUCAAACGUGCUCGCAAACUUCAUCUUUAUGAACAGGGAGGGCGUCUGAAGGAACCUCUGCAGAAACUUAAGGAAGCUAUUGGCAGGGCAAUGCCGGAGCAGAUGACCAAAUACCAGGAAGAGUGCCAGGCACAUACACAAGCAAAGUUUGCUAAGAUGCUGGAGGAGGAGAAAGACAAGGACCAGAGAGAACGUAUUUGUUCUGAUGAGGAGGAAGAUGAAGAGAAAGGGGGUAAACGCAUCAUGGGACCCCGGAAGAAAUUCCAGUGGAAUGAUGAAAUCAGGGAGUUGCUCUGUCAUGUGGUGAAGAUGAAACUGGAUGGUUAUGAGUUGGAGAGGAACAAGGCCCAGUCUUGGGAAGAUUAUGUGAAAGCUUUUCUGGAUGCUGAAGUCAAACCCCUCUGGCCCAAGGGCUGGAUGCAGGCCAGGACUCUGUUUAAGGAGAGUAGGCGAGGACAUGGACAUCUGACAUCAAUCUUGGCCAAGAAGAAAGUCAUGACUGCUGCCAAGGUCAAAGUGAAGGAUUCCUCCACCAAACCUGAUAAGAAGGUUUCGGUUCCAUCAGGACAAUCCAGUGGCUCCAUUGCUUUGCCUUCAGAGCAGCAUCAGGGAAUGAGUAUGAGCAUUGGUGCUCCAGCCAGGGAGUUGUCAUCUCUGGGUGCUUCUCAAACAUCCGGCAAUAUUGCUAAUCCUGCUUCUUUCAGCCUGGAGGACUCACUGGAUGAGGACUUAAUUCAUAAUCCAACCUCCUCGUUGGAAGCAGUGUCCAAGGAACUGGCUGCAUUGAACAGCAGAGCAAGUGGGAGUCCUGAAUUCAUUCUUCAUGCGCCCCCAAAGACCCCUACAGAUAAAGUAACAGGUCUUACAAGUUCUGAGGAGAAAAGAAACUUCCCUAAGUCCAAUUCUUCUGUUCCAUCACCUGCUAGCUCACUGCAGUCACCUCUUAAUUUCUUGGCUGAGCAGGCACUGGCACUGGGGCAGUCUUCUCAGGAGAAAAAACCAGAUAAUUCUGGUUACAAAGAGCUCUCUUGCCAGGCUUCCCCCAGUAAAACCUUGUCUGAAGCACACCAGCCUAAACUUAAGCACCAUAAUUUGCCACGGACAUCUCAUGGACCACAAACAUCACCUCUGGGGCCCACCCCACAAGUUAAAGUUUUUCACUCAAGCAGUCAGCAGCAGAAAAGCUUCACGCCCCCAGCUCCAUUUGUCAAUAAGCUCCAGAGCCCAAAGGCUGUCUCCCCUCUGUCCCAGCGAUCCCUCCUCCAACAGGUCAAGACGUCGACCAAAGGUCCAAGCUUUCAUUCCUCAGCAUCUCCCUCUUCUGGUAGCACCCCAGCCUCUAGUAGUGCCCAUAAGACCCCUGGCUCCUCCACAGCUUCUUUGGGUUAUACAGGGAAGCACUCAUCCAGUUCUUCAGGACAAUCUUACAAGUCUCCCUUUGUUGCUGGCUCUAUCUCUAAACAUGGGGUUUCUUCUAGCAGUUCUUCAUCUGGAGUAUCUUCAGUACAGAGCUCUGCAUCUGGGAGUUCACUCUCUGGUGUGCAGGCUUCCUCCUCUAGCCAGCCCUCCAGCCGGCUAGUACCAAGUUCUACAUUGAAGAAACCUCCAGUUUCCCAGAAGCUGACUUUAGUGGCGCCACCUGGUGGCCCAAAUGGAGAUACUAGUGGUGGGACACAGGGGGUGGCCAAGUUAUUGACCUCUUCCCUUAAGCCAGCUGUGGUUAGUAGUGCUACAUCAUCUACCUCCUUGCCAAAAGGAACAAGUGGAGCUGUACUGCUAACCAGCUCCUCUUCCUUAAGUGUACUGUCACCAUCCUAUAAAUCCAGCAGUUCUAAACUGUCCGGAGGUCUGAACUCAACACCACUGGGGAUUUUAUCUCCUCUCCACACUUUCCCUCUCCAUGUGAUCUCCUUUAGUGCAGACUCAUCUCCCAAAGCAGGAGUCUCCAAGGAUGCCAUUGUUACAGGCCCUGCCCCUGGAACUUUCCACCAUGGCCUAAGUCACAGUCUUCUGGCUGGCUUGCACUCCAGCCCGCACCAUGUAGCGCCUCUCCCACACUCUGCCUUGUCUACCCAUGUUCCGCAGAGUCUGCCAGAUGCUUCUCAGCUUCAUGGGAAAGGGACCAAUGUGCAGCAGCGGAAAUUGUGACAUCUGAAGAAAAAAAGUAAUUUAGAACAAAGCAGAACUUGAAUGAGUAGGUCUUGAAGACUGGAUAUUGACUGUAUUCUUUCUUUCUGCCAACUGUGUUUCUUCUAGCAGCUGGAGAAAGAGUGAGCUCUGAGUUUCUUGGCACUUCUAACAUGCCUCAGAGUUAGUGGGAGCUUCGUGCUCUUUUAGAGAUGCUUAUGGUGCUCUGUGCUUCACAACCAUGUCAUUUGACAGCGAUUGAAGUGGCAGAUACUAAAAAAAAGAAAAUGCUGGACUUGGGGCAUGGGAGUAUGUGUGUGUAAUGACUACACUAGGGUGGCAGAUCAUUUUUUUAUCUCUAUGUUAAAUCUGCCAAGACCUCUGUAUUCAGUUAACCAUACCUCAUGACAGUCCACAAGAUAGUGGUUUGUUCCAGCUAUCGUAGGAUCACUGCCUCUGGAUUGGGACAGUUAUGGUGUCCUCAUUUUUAAACUGUAUGCUCAAAAGGAAGAAAACCCAUGCUGGAGCAUGAUGGGGGGAAAUUUAGCUUUGUCUCUUUGUGACUAUAUAAAGGAGAUGACCUGAAAUGCUCAUUGUGCAAAGGGAGGUGGAGGGAAAGGAUCAGUGUCCCUCCUGAACAUGAUAGUGAAGCUCUUUAUCGAAAAGACCUCUGUAGAUUGCAUUGGAACAAUUGUAAUAGGAUUUUCAAAGUUAUUUUUUUGGCUCAAUUGUCAUUAUUACCAUUAAAUGCAUUGGAUAGGAUGGGACUGUUCUUCACAUGUCACCUGUAUAGGAAGACAUAAUUCCAGUGCCUUUAUGGUGGAGCAAAAUUAGAUAGUACACAUCCAUUUUAGCCCUCUGUCUGCUCCUGAAAAGAGAUUUGUUUUUUUUUUUAAUAAUUCUGUAUUUAAGACAUAUCUGUUUAUAUUUAAUUGAGGUUUUCAUGAUUGCACAUUGAAAGCUGCACUGUCCUGACUUGAAGGUGAUUUGGAUCCUGAGAGCCUGGUUCCAAAUCCAGGAAGAGCGCCAGUUCUUUCAGCAUUUAUGUAUAUGGGUUCUAGAGCCCAGAAGCCAUUCUUGAUCAGAAUGUUCAUCUCUGUGGGUAGACGUGAAGAGUUCAGAGUCACUGAUAUACAUUCCAUUUUUUUUGUUCCUAGAAAUCAGCAGUCAUAGAACUUCAGUAAAAGGCUUCUUUAGUGUUCAUGUGAUGGACACAGGCUUCAAAAUCCUGGAGACUCUCCAGGUAAUUGAUUGGACUAUGCAUUAACUUAAGGGUAAUAUGCAGUUAGGUUUGGAGAGUCAAUCAAAGGCCAGAUGGUUAGGCACCAGCUAGAACUGGGUAUAUAGCUAGAAGAGCAGUUCCCAAAUUGCCAAUCUGUUCACACUUAAUUACUAUCUGUUUCACAAGAAUUUUAAAAGUGCUUUCUUAUUCCUGUGAAAUUUGUGCUACAAGGUAUGUUUGAACUGGCUACUCAGACUGAGUUACAAGUCAGAUAAGUUCAGUGUGAACAGCAUUUCCUGUGGCACUGAAAUUGAUUGUACACAUUGUGUGAAAACACUACGUUGUUUCCAGGUUUCCCUUAUUUAGACUCAUUCUUAUAGUUUCCAAAUUACAGUAUACAAACUAUCAAUAACUCAUCCUUUGUUCUAGGAAAGCCUUGUAGGCCUUCCUAAAUUUCCAUCUAGGAACAACAGACCUUCUGUCAGCUGCACUGGUAGGCCUCUGUUCAUACUUUUAUUUGUUUGCUUUGGUCAGACCCAAGACACCUUUCAAAUUCAAGCUAAGCGACUCCUUAAGAUCACUUUAUUGUAUUUUUUUUAUUGAAACUUGUAUUUCCAGUUUGUUUACAGAAUACUUCUAGGUAGUAGCAAAAGAGCCAAAGAUGAGAUUUGUAUUGCUGAGCUCAAAAUAGAGCAGUUAUCAGUGGACUCUGAGCAGAUGGGAUUCUCCAGAAUUCCCUUCCCAUGAGCUCUCCCAGGUACCAGUCCCACUCCCUCUCUUUGCUUUCCUGCCAGUGCUCCCUCUGUACCACAUACCAUUGAGUUUGUAGCUGGAGCAGAAUACCCUCAUUUUAGGAAUCUAGUGAUGCCUCUUGCCUCAGGGAAAUGUUUCUUUGAUGGGGAUUCUGUGGGAUUUCUUUUUCUUGUUUAUGCUUUACUUGUGGUAAUGAACGAGUGAAUGAAUUAAGCAGAGCCAUGGCAAGGCAGAGCUACAGGCUGAUGCUGUAGCAAAAGGAUGGAAAAUGGAGCAGCCCAGGCCGUGCGCCCUGGGGUAGCAGCUGUAGAUGUUUCCUUUGGUGAGGGGGGUCUCUGAGCACUUACUGGGUAUGGCAGUUUCUUUGGUUUAAAAGGGGCUGCAGCUUUUGUGCAGGGACUGUUGGUAUUGGGGGUGGUGGGAAAAUUGUUAAUCUUGUAUAAAGCAACUCAAUAAAUUGUUUCAAAGUUUCCAAAA